AUGUCAUUACCUGUCCAUACACUGUGUACAGCAGGUGUUACAAUUUCAUAACCUGACAGUGUGUUAUGUUGACGCAGCCUCGAGCCUCCAUAGCCCAUCAUCAUCAUCAUCGCACCCCCCCCCCACUCUCUCUCUCUCUCUCUCUCCUGAGCAGUGUCUCAGUAAGGAGAAAUCUCACAAUCAGGUCACAUUUCAGCGAAGCUCCGCCGUUCCACCGCAGCACGGAGAGGAGAGGAGAGCAGCGCAGCGGAGGGGAGCGGAAAGGAAAGGAAGGGAAGGGAAGGGAAAGGAAGAAGGGACGUGGCUCCAGGUGCCGCGCACGAUUUUCGCGAUUUUGCUCGACUCCUCCAGCAGAAGCUCAAGUCAAGGCCAGCAGCAGCAGCAGCAGCAGCAACGCAGCAGCCAUGGUGACGAUGAGAGAUGUGGGCUACCUGCUCGUCCCCGUGCUCAUCCUCGCGCGCUCCUCCCUGCAAGGGGACCUCAAAAGUGGCAAGGAGGCGGACGGCGCGGGCAAUUUCAUGGAGGACGAGCAGUGGCUCUCCACCAUCUCUCAGUACAGCCGCAAGAUCAAGCAUUGGAACCGCUUCCGAGACGAAGUGGAGGAUGAUUACAUUCGAACUCUUGAUGAAAACCAAGGCUCAGAGGAAAGUGUAGACACGACCAAGGACCCGUGCCAGAAGGUCAAGUGCAGCCGUCACAAGGUGUGCGUAGCCCAGGGGUACCAGCGGGCCAUGUGCAUCAACCGCAAGAAGCUGGAGCACAGGGUUCGCCAGCCCCUACUGAAGCCACAUGAGAGCACCUGCAAGCCAUGCCCUGCUUCGGCCUCGGGUCCCGUGUGCGGCUCCGACGGACACAACUACGCCUCUCAGUGUAAGCUGGAGCAGCAGGCAUGCCUGACGGGAAAGGAGCUGGCCGUGAAGUGCUCAGGCCAGUGCCCCUGCGCCACCGAGACUGACCCCACCUCCGAUUCCGAGGGCAAGCACGAGAGCUGCACAGGGCAGGACCUAGCAGAUCUGGGCGACCGUCUACGCGACUGGUUCCAGCUGCUGCACGGGAACGCUAAGCAGAACAGCUCUGGCAGGACUGGGGUCGGAGCAACAUCAGUGCUGGACAAGAGUCUGGUGGCCAGCUGCAAGGACUCCAUUGGCUGGAUGUUCUCCAAGCUGGAUACCAACGGUGACCUCUAUCUAGACCAGCCGGAGCUGGCCGCCAUCAACCUGGACAAGUACGAGGUCUGCAUCCGGCCCUUCUUCAACUCCUGCGACACCUACAAGGACGGGAAGGUGUCCACCGCCGAGUGGUGCCUCUGCUUUUGGAGGGAAAAGCCCCCUUGCCUGGCGGAGCUCGAGAAGAUCCAAGUUCAGGAGGUGGCCAAGAAGAAGCCUGGGAUGUUUAUUCCCAGCUGCGACGAGGACGGCUACUACAGGAAGCUGCAGUGCGAUCACAGCCGGGCCGAGUGCUGGUGCGUGGACCAGCACGGAGCGGAGCUGUCCGGAUCCAGAAUCCAUGGCAACCCCGAGUGCGACGACCUCGUGGGAUAUUCGGGGGAUUUCGGCAGCGGCGUCGGCUGGGAGGACGAAGACGAGCGAGAGGCGGAGGAGACGGCUGAGGAAGAAGAGGGGGAGGAAGAGGGGGAGGCCGGGGAGGCCGACGAUGGCGGGUACAUCUGGUAGGACGGAACUAGCGGGGAGCCGCGGGGGGGCAGGCUCCCUCUAGGACGGAAGAGGAUCAUGGGAAUCGAGGGGGGGGGCAAACGCUAAACCGCGCUGUGUACAGCAUUGACUCUCGGGUGGAGGGACGGAAAGCAGGGGUGGGGGGGGUGGGUCAACCAGAUUUUGUCUUAAAUAUCUGUGACGCUUUGUGUUCUGUUGUGUGCGCAAGAGAGAUUUUCGUUGAGCAGCCUUUAGCAUCGAGAAGCACCACGACCCGCCGGGCCGGUUAGCAAGCUGCGGGAAACGGCACUCGGCUUUGGAGCGGGAUACACUGAGGCGCCGCCGUAUGCUUCGGCCCAUCAGAGACGCAACGCCUGGUGUGUGAGUGUGUGCGUGUGUGUGUGUGCGUGCGUGCGCGUGUCCCCAACGAGAAGGUGCCCUUUGGCACAACACUCUCAACACUCUCAAAGUCACUCGAUUUAGACGUAAUGACGAUGCAGUACUUUUUGAAGUCACGCGCGGCCCAACCACGUGGUGAGGGGACUGAGCAGAAGGACGGUUUACAGCGUUUUGGGCGUAGGCGAGGAGCCGUGCCUCGCUUCCUAUUUCUGCCGCCGCCGUUUCUCGGCUGACAUUUAGCCUCGGCUCCGGAGGAGGCGGGGGAGGGUCCGGGGGCCGAGUCCCGCGAGCCGCGUGUCACCGCAGAUGGCUUCGCGAACGCCGGCCGUGGCGUUGAGUGCGCGUCACGACGGGCCGGCCCCCGUCUGCGACGGCGCCUCCCCCCCAACCUGCUUUCGCCAGGCCUCUUUGUUUGCUCGCUCGUCACGGACCGACAGAUCCGGUGGCGAUCAGCGGGCCGUCGAGGUCGGCGUGGCUGCGCCUCGGGGGGCGCGCCCGAGUUGUCAGCUCUGCAGGAGGCGCCGAUGGCAGCACGGAAGGAGCGUCGCAUGUGACCACCUGGAUGUUUCCCAGACUUCUAGAAACUUCCCAUUUGCCCCGAAAACAAAAACGAGUCAAUAAACCGAAUGUGUCGCUCUCUGCGCUCCGAGUCCCUCGAACCGACUGGGGAGGGAAGCGCGGCGUAUGUGUGCGGUUCCGUCCGCGUCGAAGGUACCAUCUGUUUUCAGAGCGCACGGUGAUCACGCUGAUCGUCGUGUUUUUUUUUUCUUUUUGCACGUGAUAGACCUGCAGCGACGGCGUUUUCGAACACCCACAUAAUAAGGUUUCGUUGUCCGGGGUGAAAUCGCUUACCCGACGGGUGCGCCGGCCCCCCUUGGUCAGUAACCUUGGCUGAAAAUGUGGAGCAAAACGCCCGAACCAGGCAGAGUCGAGCGCUCGGGACACAUCCGCCAACCCGGUUCUGCCGUGUGCUUUCACAAGAUGUCCACUUUGUGCGCAGUUCCUCGCUUCGCUGUACUUUUACACCUUUUACUACAUUUGCCCCUCAAAAGCACCGAUAAAGGUGAACGGGGUCGUUUAGGGCCGUGCACUUUUAUUUUUACUUUUGCAUUUAUUCGUUCAGCAGACUUUUUCUCCAAAGGCACGCUUUAUUCAGAGUAAGCAAGAAGUGCGGUUCACGAGGUGAAAAGAUGCCGCGGUGUUUGCUGGCACGCACCACACCACACACACACACACAUACACACACACACACACACACACACACACAUACACACACACGCGCCGCACCAGCAGCUGCCUGUCGAGCUGAGAUAGGAGAUACAAGGAUCAUCAGGCUAGAUGGUGUGAUGCAAAUGUUUGCAGCUGUCAGAUGGGGAGAAGAAUGGGUCUGAAACGCUGCUUGAAUGCAGGAAGGGAUUCAGCAGUCCCGAGGGACGGAGGGAGCUUCAGAUUCUGGACUUCUCGAGAGUUGGAUCGUCAAGAGGCCAGAGGUGGAGGAGCAAAGAGCUCUUGUUGUCGUGGAGGAGGUGAUAAGGCACCGCGGAGAUCAGGAUGCGGCUCCUUUGAGCGUCUCGUAGCCCGUUGUUCUACUCUGUGAACGAAAUGGUUCGUCUUUCAGGCUGGAUGCAGCACCGCUGAGCCGCUUGCCUGCAGAGGGGUGUCCGAAGCAGACAUACCGUAAGGAAAACGAGGUGGGAACGCAUUCUUAGGCGCGCGACUUCACGAGCGAACGGCGUUGAAAUGUUUCUCUCUGAGCCUGAAGCAUACGGCCUGGGUUUGGAGGAGCUCCGUCGGCGCAGGAGACUUAAUUUGCAGUUUUCCAUGGUAGUGCUUUACAUGAAUAAUAGAUAGUUAAGAUGCCAGUGUGGUAAUAAAAAGCAAAAACCAGUGUGUUUUAGUGCACACACACGUAUAUAGGUUCUAAGAAACAGGGUCAUUUAGUGAGGUUCUGUGUAUAAUUCUAUGCUGAAAAUGUACACAAAAAUAAUGUACAGAACUAUGAAAUGUUAUAAGAGCUAACGAGACAAAACCAUUUGUUCACAGUUUUUUUUUUUUUUUUUUCCCUGCUCUGGCUUUUUUUUUUCCCUUUGUUUUAUUGUAAAAAUAAAAUGAUCUCAGAGGCUCGUUUGUUUGGAUUGCUUUGACGAAAAAAGUCCCCGUCCCCGACGGUUCGGAUCGAGGCCGCCGACUCCCAGGUACGUCUCCCUCGCCGGGCGGAGGCGCCGUCUGUCCGGAACAUUCCGAGGUUCGCUCUCACAGCUCGUCCGUGCGCCAGAACACAGGAAGCCACAGGUCACUUCCUUUAAAAUACCAAUUCAUCCUCAAAUAUGACACUUUUAAGAAUGUGCCACUCCAUGUUCUAUUGUCUUUAUGCUACUUGGUUUUUUUUUUUCUCCUUUCUUUCAAUAUGUGUUUGCUACUUGAGCUUCAACGUGUGUACUUGGAAAUCACUGUUUUUCUUUUUUUUUUUUUUUUUUUUUUGUUGUUUCAUUUGUGACCAGUAAAUUGUAACCAUUAGUUCUUGCUUGCCAUCGGUAAAGUACAAACAUUUGGGUGUUUCUAGUAUUGCAUGUUAGUGAACAAGAAUGUACUUUUCUCGGCUGAGCACUUUACCAUUAAAGGCGAUGGGCCUCAUCACAUUAGCCGUAGUCCUACGUUAUUUCCCACAGGCGGCCCAACGGAUCCGAAGCUCUCCGAAAAAUUUCAGCGACGGUUUCACGAGCAUGCGGUACACGCGUGUAAAUGUGCUGCUUUUGCCGGAGAACAGUUGACUUUACUACGUGUAGCACAUCAGUGAAUUUGGUACAGAUUAGCUUUUCUUUUCUCGUUCCGACUGUGGUACAGGCUACGAAAUUCUCGAUUAUUGGCAUUUUGAACAAUGUGUUGUUGGUGGCAUAUCAUUUCGUCAGUAGAACGUGUGUGCGUUUUAACGAUGACACAACAUUGAACCUUAUACGUUGCUUGUUUCUCCUACGUUUCUAUGGAUCCGUGGAAAUUGUUGGAAUGAACGGAUUUCUGGGAAUUUUACGAUAAAAAAGCCACGAUGAUUUGUACCGCCGACAGCUCGACACUGGGUGGGGUUUCCCAAAUGCCAAAGUCAUCGAAAUGUGUGACAGAUUUCACAUCUUCCUGAAAGAUGAGCGUCGCUCGUGAAAUAUUUGUUGACGAGACGCAAGUAGCGCAGUGUUAACAGGUCAUAAACUUUAAAGUCAAUAUUAUUGGAAGAAAUAGCUGUUCUGUGUGUGUGUGUGUGUGUUUAAAAAAUAUAUCUUUAAUGACUGUAGCUCUCUGCUCAGUCACAAGCUCUUGUUCCACAGCUGCAUGGAAUUGUAUAGGUUACUUGUACCGUACAUGAACACGGAAAAGAAAAUUGUGGUCCGAGUUCAGCUGAGAAACAUCAUGAAAUUGGAGUCUCUCGACACGGUGGAAUAAUUCAUAAUUCACGCACCUGCCGAAAUAUUUCCGGUACUGAGUCCACAAUUUUUUUUCGUAACCUUUUCAAAACCGACCGUUGUCCUUUAGGCCCCGUUUCUCACAAGCGGUUAUUUUUAAAUGUUCAGCAGAACUAUUUGUGAUCAUACAGGUUUACCGAGAGCACCGGCCUUCGGACCAUUAGAUGGGGACGUGGAGUAACGUACCUCCAAACACCCGCUGCAUUUCAGGCCUGGGUGUGCUCUGUUCAGACUGUCACAUAUAUAACAAUUACCAAAGUUGGGGGGAAAAAAAAAAACUAAUGGAAAAAUUCAUAUAUUGAAUGACUGUAUUGAUUUAAAAAAUAAAUAUUAUUGAUCUGAAUCAUAAAUGAUUGAACACAUGAGCAAAAAUAUGUUACAAAAGGAAUUAACGAAGCAUUUGUGGAAGUGUCGGCAUCAUCUAUUUGAGCACCUUGUCAUGAACGUAAUCAAUAAGAAAACGACGGAAUCGAUGAUAAGAAGGGUGAAUAAUGUCUAUGAAUGAGCUGUUUUCUACAGUGCAAACCUGCUCAAGUGUCCACCGCUUUACCCAGUCGAAUGCAUAGAAUGUAAACGAAAAUGCUGUGUACUUAAUGUAACGUCAACAUAAUGCAGUAAACCACACUUAACAUUUACACUGUAUUUGAUAAUAAAAUAGUACUGUAACCAUGCUUCUUUCUCCAGCGUCUCUUCUCUGAGCUCACAGCUCGUUUCUCAGCAUCUGCCCA